GCGCUACGGGGCCUCGCGUUCCUAUUGGCCGGUGGGCCUGGCGGCGUGUCGGUGACGCAACACCCGAGGAGCCUCAAGUAGCAGCGCGGCGGGCCCGGCUGGGCUCUUCUGGUUGCUGGUGAAGAGUGCUAUUUCCUGCUCCUGCUUCCCUGCUGUGCCAGUCCCAUGGCGGGUCAGCGUGGCGGGAGCGUGGCCAGCUGUUGGAGGCGGCGGUGCUGGUGGCUGGCCCUGGUGGCCGUCCCUCUGGGCUUCGCGGGAGCCUGCGACGCGGCCGGGGGCCUCAGCGCGCCCCGCGUCGUCAGCCUGGAGCGCGGCAGCUCGGAGAACGUCUCGGUCACUCUGGGGGCCCCCGCCGGCGCGGCUACGGCCAUCACGCUCCGCCUGGUCUAUUCCUCCAGAAACGAGACCAUCCUGGACUUCCCCGAGGAAGUGCCGGUGCCCGCGGGGCAGAAGGCGGCCUCUUUCCCCGUGGCGGGCCGGGACGUGGGCCAGGUGACCCUCCGACUCCACCGCGAGCCCUCCAACGAGAGCAGCGUCCUGGUCCACUUCCUGGUGACCCACAGCCGCACGCUGGAAGGGCUCAACCAGGUCAUCGGGUGGAUCUACUUCGUGGCCUGGUCUGUGUCCUUCUACCCGCAGGUGGUCGAAAACUGGCGCCGCAAAAGCGUGGUGGGUCUCAGCUUUGACUUCAUCGCACUGAACCUCACGGGCUUCAUGGCCUACGCCGUGUUCAACGUGGGCCUCUUCUGGGUGCCCUACAUCAAGGAGCAGUUCCUGCAGGAGUACCCCAGUGGCGUGAACCCCGUGGACAGCAACGACGUGUUCUUCAGCCUCCACGCCCUGGUCCUCACCCUGGUGGUCAUCCUGCAGUGUUACCUGUAUGAGAGGGGCAGCCAGAAGGUGUCGUGGGCCGCCGUGGGCUUCCUGGUGCUGGCCUGGCUCUUCGCCCUGUCUGUGCUGUGCGCUGCGCUCCUGGGCGCUCUCUCCUGGCUCCGGGUUCUCUUCUGCUUCUCCUACAUCAAGCUGGCCGUCACGCUGGUCAAGUACUUCCCCCAGGCGUUCCUGAACUUCCGCCGCAAGAGCACGGAAGGCUGGAGCAUCGGCAACGUGCUGCUGGACUUCGUGGGCGGCUUCUUCAGCCUCCUGCAGAUGUUCUUCACGUCCUACAACAACGAUGAGUGGAACUUGAUCUUUGGAGACCCAACUAAGUUUGGCCUCGGCAUGUUCUCCAUCGUCUUCGAUGUAGUGUUCAUCGUCCAGCACUACUGCUUGUAUAGACAGAAGCCAGGGUACGAGCAGCUCACCUAGCUCUGGGACAGCCCCACCAAUCCUGCAGGCUGAGGAGCCACGUGCCAGGCCCGCAUUGGCUCCGGUGCCUGCACCGUGGGACCCUCGUCCUCCGAGCCCACAGCCUGGAGGGAUGGCACUGCCGCCUCUGCCAGCUGGAAAUCCUGCCGUCCUCGCUCCCGCUGCCACCCUGCCCCAUCAUCUGCUGAGACUAAACGUCACUCCCGGCCCAAGCGCGGGCGCCCCCGGUGAGCCGGCCCGAGGCUGCCAUUCUCAGAACCAUCUCUCUUGUGUUUGUUUUCAAGGCUCUUCCCCAGUUCUGAGGCUCACCCCUAGUAGCUUCGUGCCAGAGGGAGCUGGCUCCCGCUGCCCGCUGUCUGUCCAAGCAUCCCCCUGGCAGCUUCUGCCAGGAGGGCACCCGGCCCGCUAAGAGCCCCGGACCCAGGCAGUGGUGGCUCCUUCCCCGCUGGGGGCACCCUGGGGCACAGCCUGCCUCCCUCCCGGUGGUGGCUGGACGUGGGGCCUUGCUCUAGAUUGCGCGAGUCAUUCGUGCAGGAUCCUGUCAGAGGCCUCGGUUCAAAUUAAAUUCCUUUUCUGCGCCUGA